AACAGGGAGCAACCGUGCUGGAAGAACUGUUCCUCUUGACCAUAGCAACAAUGAUGACGGAGACAUUAAUUCUCGUCAUGUACAAAUUGAUGAAGCCAAGCCAUGCCAUCAACGCCAAGGCAAUUCUAGCCGGCAGCCAGCCUUCAAGAAAGAACGAAUAAAAGAUGCACGAUGGUUGCCCGCCAGAAUAGUCUUGGCCAUACUAGCAUGGCUGGGAUUCGUGAAUCUAUACUUAACAAGAGUCAACGUCUCGGUGAUUAUUGUCGCCAUGGUCAAAAGGAACCGUUCUUCCAGCAUCAUUGCUCCUUGUCUACUAAAGCACAACAUUUCAACAGAUUCUACAGGUUCUCUCACAUAUAGACAUGAAACUGAGCAGUUCCUAAAUAAGACUUCACUCACUGAAUCAGAGGUUGACAUUAUGGACUGGGAUGAGACAAUCCAGGGAUUCAUUCUUGGGAGUUUUUACUAUGGUUACUUUGUGACGCAGAUCCCUGGCGGAAGGCUUUCUGAGGUGUAUGGGACCAAAUGGAUAUUUGGAGUCAGUAUUCUAGGUGGUGGGAUCUGCGCCCUCCUUUCCCCCGCUAUGGCUCGUUUACAUUAUGGUGCUUUCAUCUUUCUCAGAAUCAUUCAAGGUUUGCUGCAGGGUGCAUCUUGGCCAUCCAUGCAUGCCUGUCUUACACAGUGGAUUCCUCCAUUGGAGCGACCCAGAUUUAUUGGCUUAGUAUACUUUGGAACAAAUCUGAGCACAGCCAUAACUCUACCACUGUGUGGUUUUAUCAUUGAUCGCUACGGAUGGCCAACUGCCUUUUAUGUAACAGGAUGUUUUCCCAUCAUAUGGUCCUUUUUCUGGUUUUCACUUAUGCACAAUUAUCCAUCUCAACACAAAAGAAUUACUGAUAAAGAGUUGGAAUACAUAGAAACAGCAAUUAGGAAAUCAGGCACUUCAACUAGUGAUGAAGAUCAGCCAAGAGGUACUCCCUGGAAAUCCAUAUUAACUAGCACUCCAGUGUGGGCAGUGGUUGUUGGAGACUUUGGAAACUGCUGGGCUCUUGGUUUAUUUCUCACGCAACUUCCAACUUACAUGAAAAAUAUUCUUGGUUUUUCCAUCAAAGAGAACGGUUUGAUCUCCGCCCUUCCAUUUGUCUUUCGAUAUGCUGGGGCCAUAUUUAUGAGCGCCAUUGGAGAUUGGCUGUUGGCCCAUAAGUACCUUUCAAUUCGAUCAACAAGAAGGAUUUUCGGCGCUAUUGCAAUGUGCCCUCCCGCCAUGUUACUCUUGGGUGUGAGUUUCUCCGGCUGUGACUGGAAGACCACCGUGGCGUUGAUAUGCGCAGCCUUAUUUUUAAGUGGGGCUAUUACAACCAGCACCAUUGUUAAUCCUGCUGACAUUGCUCCAAACUAUUCAGGAACUUUGUUUGGACUGGUAAACAUGACCAGCUGCGUAGCACUUUUCACAGUACCUGUCAUGGUAGGGGUUAUGACAGAUGGGCAGCAAACUUUGGCUCAGUGGCAGAAGGUAUUCUGGAUCUGCGUUCCGAUUUACCUCAUCACCUUCGUUGUGUUCUUCAUUUUCGUCUCAGGAGAUGUACAACCUUGGAACUUUCCUCGCCGUCGAGACUCAGUUAUCAAAAAAUGCACAACUGAGCGUGUCGAUAUGAAAGAGGUUGAAUGAAAUCCGGGAGGAAUAAGAGUGAGUUAAUAACACAAACACACACACAAUAUAUAUAUAUAUAUAUAUAUAUAUAUAUAUAUAUAUAUAUAUAUAUAUAAUUCGAGCUACAAAUGUACUUUAAUAUCUAAUUCGCUCUAUCUCGGAAUUAAUAUCUUUUCAUAUAUGUAAACCGAAGGGGAAUUUUUUAGUUGUUAAUAAUUUCGUCCUCUCGUGGAUUCGAACCAACGCCCAGUGGACAGAAGAAAUCAGGACUUCAGUGAUGUUAUCGAUUCGGCUAACAAGUGAGGUUUUAAGUUUAUACCGACUCCGACCUAACAAAUCAUCGUCGAACUCGGGUAUUCGUAUUUAGAAUCAAUAUCCAACCUGGUCUACCAUGUUAACAAAUUCGAACGUUUGCCGCACGAGGCCAUACUAUGAAUAAUUAUCACAUCAUUAAUAUAAAUUAUUCGAGCUACAAAUGUCCUUUAGCAUCUAGUUUGCUCUACCUCGGAAUUGAUAUAUUUUCAUAUACGUGAACUGAAGGGGAAUUUUUUAGUUGUUCGACGGUGAUUUGUCGGAGUCGGUAUAAACAUAUAACCUCACUUGUUAGCCGAAUCGAUAACAUCACUGAAGUCCUGAUUUCUUCUCUGUCCACUGGGAGCUGGUUCGAACCCACGAGAGGACGAAAUUAUUAUCAACUAAAAAAUUCCCAUUCGGUUUACAUAAUGAAAAUAUAUUAAUUCCUAGGUAGAACGCAUUAGAUAUUAAAGGACAUUUGUAGUUCAAAUGAUUUAUAUGAAUCACGGUGAUGUGAUAAUUAUUCAUAUAUAUAUAUAAUGCUUAUAUGUCACUAAAUAGCGUGUGACAAUAUAUUUAGCCAAGGCCACAGGAAAAAUAAAAGGAGGAGUGCCAAGCACUUUCGUGUUAUUUCAACACAUUUUACUCCUUUUAUUUUUCCUGUGUCCUUGGUUUUAUAUAUAUAUAUAUAUUUAUAUAUAUGUGUGUGUGUGUGUUAUAUAUAUGUAUAUAAAUAUACAAAAUUAUAAGUGUUACGCUGUUGUUAUCACUUAUUUUUCCUUUAACAUAUUCCUAUCUCAUAUUGCACAUUCCCCAUUCUUAACUCUCAUUUAUAACACCUAUACAUUUACCCGUUAAUUGAUUUUGACCAAGUGCACGUGUUCACGAGACGCCUUACAUUCCCAGGGAGCUGAGCUCUUUGUCCAGCUCCCAAACCUAGUCUCAGUAAGUAUAGAAUUUCCCAAUUACAACUUCUUAGCUCUUCUUUGAAUGGGAUACAGAACUAGACUGAACAUUAUCUGGCGAAUCAUUGCACAUACUGCAGCAACUGACAACUUUACCCUUAUCAAUCCUCCGGAGAGGCUACACUUCCCUGUUAUGUUUGGCAGGUGCCCAGAUAAUGCAGUAGCGAUAGGUGUAAAACCACAGUAAUUUAAUUUGUCAUUCUAGUUCGGGAAUUCAGUAAGGUCCAGUUUAGCAGCUUCUUUACCUACAGUGAAGUUCCACCUUCAGUGAUAUCGUUCUUCCCACCAUAUUUGUAGGCGAUGCCACCUGAUCUCUUCAAGAAUCGCUUCAUACCCGCUGCAGAGUUGAAAAAUAAAUACUCCAAGAGUGUGUGCUUAAAGCACCAGCAAUUGUUCCACAUUCUACUUGCAAUAGACAUAUGGUAAAUCUCCUAUGGAGGCAAGCAUGAAUGAAUACCAACGGAGUCCAACUGUCAAGUCUUUUAUCAGCCUCCCCUUUUGGUUUUAUCAAAAAAAUAUUUUUUUUUUACUACUUGUAGAUAUUUUGCUAAAUUUCCGUGGCUGAAACAUUCCACUCUCACCGAUGCUUAAAAUUAAACUAUUUUUUAUAUAAUUAUUUCACAAUUUAUCUCAGUCACAAGUUUUGAGCUUCUUUGAUCCUGCAGUUGGGGUAAAAUGAUUAUGUAUCGAAGUUGGCCAUGACUGAAGUAGCCUGUAAAUUCACAUUUGUUAUAUAAUUAUAAAACUCUAAAGACUUCUUGGCGUCCAUUCAUUAAUGUAUGACAAUAUAUUCUAAUAGCUCCCAAUGCAGCUUGAAUACAAAAGUUCAAGUGUACAAUUCCAAUAUCUUUCCCUUGAAAUCAAUCAACACAGAGCUGUCAGGUCGCGGACAAGCACACUGCUGUUAAAACCUCUACAAUCGGCAGUACAGGAACAUUAUAUAAAUACUUGUAAAAUAACUAAAUAUACAGGAUUUCAAAAUGCCUAUAAAAUCUCAGAAUAAAAAUGGCAAGAACUUAGAAGUUCCGAAUCUUUUCUUAUUAGAUUAAUAACAACCAUCUUUAAAUUCAGUUCAUUUUUAUGUAAUGAAAAUAUGAUUUCCAUACCUUUAAUUCUAUUAAUAUAUAAGGUUUUACUGUGUAUGUCCAUAUCUAUACCUAAUCUUAAGCUCAUUUAAAAUGACAUCAGCAAGUACUUUAACCUCAAAUGAAUAAUCAGAAAGAUGCGUUAGUUGUACUUCACCUUUAAAUGUAUACUUAUCUACAUUCCCGAGAUCAACGUUUUAUAUAUAUAUAUAUAUAUAUAUAUAUAUAUAUAUAUAUAUACUAUAUAUAUA